UUUAAAAUUCUAUCUCAAAAGAUUGCUCUCAACAAUAUUGUCAGACUUUAUAAAAGUAACUUUUUUAAAUUUAAAUACUUACCAAAUAUGACAACUCUCAAGAAAAUAAAAAUAGAGUCAACUAAUGAAGUUGAAACAACUAUCGAAGCAGAAAAAAUUAUAGUUCCAUCUGAAUCAACAGAGAAAGAAGCGUCUCAUUCAAAAAAACGUGCUAUGGAAGAUUCACAGUCUUCAAGGAAACGUUUCACCACAGCAAAGGAUAGAAGAGAACACCUUAACAAGAACUUUAGGAAUAGAAAAGGCAAUCGGGAUGAUAUUAAUAGGCAACAGGAUCGGAAUAAUGAGAGAAUCAAAAUCGAGGACAAAGGCGAUUCGAAUGAAUCAAAAGAACCGAGAAAACCAAAAAAGAAAGUUGCUGUCUUGGUUGGUUUUUGCGGGACUGGUUAUCAAGGAAUGCAAAUUAAUCGCAACGCAAAAACUAUUGAAGAAGAUUUAUUCAAGGCUUUUGUUGCUGCUGGUGCUGUAUCCAAAGAUAAUUCGGAUGAUCCCAAAAAAGUUGGUCUGAUGCGUGCUGCCAGAACCGAUAAAGGUGUUCAUGCGGCUGGAAAUUUAAUUUCACUCAAGAUGAUUACCGAUAUUCCUAAUGUAGUUGAAAAGAUUAAUGAAAAUCUCCCCGAUCAAAUUCGCAUGUGGGGUUUUGUUAAAGUAAUUCGUUCUUUUCACGCGAAAACAUUGUGUGAUUCUCGAGUAUAUGAAUAUCUAUUACCAACUUAUGUGUUCAUACUCCCUGAGAAAGAAUUUAAUUUAGUAUUGUCAAACUCGAUCCAAAGUGAUACCGCAACUCAAAAAGUAUUCGUGGAUGUGCCCACCGCCACGUCCGAAGAAAUGAUUGAGAAACGAAAAUAUCGUAUAUCACAAGAAACUAUUGAACACGUAAGGCAAGGAUUUCAGGAAUAUCGAGGAACACAUAAUUAUCACAACUAUACAAUUGGUCGCAGUCCUCAAGAGAAAAGUUGUAACCGAUAUAUUGUCGAUUCUCAAGUAAGUGAUCCUAAAAUUAUUAAUGAUGUUGAAUGGAUUACCAUAAAAAUACACGGACAAUCAUUUAUGUUGCAUCAAAUUCGUAAAAUGGUUUCAUUAAUAGUAAUGAUUGUAAGAACGGGAACACCUAUUUCCCUUAUUGCAAAAACAUUUACACAAGUCAAGAUAAAUAUACCAAAAGCUCCAGCGUUAGGUUUAUUACUUGAACGGCCUGUGUUUGAUUCUUAUAAUAGAAAAGCCAGAGAUCAGGGAAAAGACGUGAUUGAUUACGACAUUUAUCAGGAUCAAAUUGAAAAAUUUAAAGAUAAUUUUAUUUAUUCCAAGAUUUUUGAGGAAGAAAUCGCUGAAAACACCUUCCAAAACUGGCUCAAUGCUGUUGAUCAACAUACAGAGCGAGAUUAUGGUUACUUAAAUUGUGAAGGAAUUAUACCCGAAAGUUCAAUAGUAAAACAUGGCGAAAGACAAAAAUAUUAUGAUCAGGCUGUUAAUAAUGAACAAGACGAUGAUGAAAAUUCAGAUAAUGAAGAUUGAAGUUUAAAAGUGUAAAAAAAUAGUUAUUAGUUUUAACAUUUUAAUAUUAUUAUUUCUCUUUUUUUUAAUAAGCCAAUUUGAAAUUUUAUUAAUUAUUAUAAUAACUUUUAUAAUAAUAAUAUAUUUGACGAUAAGUGCUGGUCCGCAAGAAAUCAGCAGUAUCACUA